GGUAACACCCAGUCCCACGCCGUCCACUUUCCGUAUCCGACCUGCCAGCAUCCAGCCGGGAUCACGAUCGCCUGUGUGUCCGCCCGUCUGUCUGUCUGUCCGUCAAACUGACUGCGUUCCUCCGCCCCCCAAGUCGUCGCAGAUAACCCCCCUCCCACUACCACGAUCCCCUCACUCUCACCCUCCUCCUAGCCAUGCCUCGCGCGCCUUAUCAGCCCGGCACCUCCGCCGAAUCCGAGUACGUCCCAUCGUCGGACAGCAGCGACGCCGUUCCGCGGACGACGCGCGCGCCGCCGGCGCCAUGGAAGUACCACGAGAAGUGUUCGAACGACCACGUAGCGGCCGCGUGCAAGCAGCUCGGAGCCGCGGCGGCGGCGGCGGAGGCGGCGGCGGCGGCGGCGGCGGAGGGCAACAGCGAGUCGGAGGAGGAGGAGUGGCAGACGAGUCUGGCGGGGAACGUCGGCACGGUGGGGACGGGUGAGAGGGAGAGGGGUGGGAACGCUGGGAACGCUGGGAAGGGAAGUGUCAUGGCGCCGAAGUGCAUGAAGCGCGUGCUGGAGGAAGCGAACUGGAAGCGAAUGGCGAUAAUGCUGGCGAUCAAGACGAGGCAUAAUGGCGUGCGGCGCCUAGACGGCGAGAUCUCUUCGUUCUCGAAACCGAAGCCGGUCCACCGUGUCGAUCCGCGCGACGAGCUGCUGCGCGAAUUGGAGGCUAUCAAGGCUGCUGGCGCGAGGAGGUAGAUGGAGAUGCCCGAUGCCGAUGUCGAUUGCAAUACCGGCGGUACAUAUUGUUUGGCGGUGGGCGGUACAUAUUGUUUGGCGGUGGGCGGUACAUAUUGUUUUUUGUU